AUGGAUUCAAAAAAAAGAAAGAAAUACACUCCAGGAAGAGUAUUAGUACCUACUUCUAGACAACCUGGGCAAUACAACUUCAGUCUUGCUGAAGCUGGAAAAAUCUGUACACAUUGCAAGAAAGAUUUUAAAUCUCUCUGGAAUCUAAAACGACAUUUGGAAGAGUACCAUCAUAUAUAUGAGACUCUUCCAAAUGUUGAGGCCUAUGUUGGAGCAGCACUCCAGAAUCAACUUAACACAGACCAAUCCAACAAAGAUUCUAUAUCUGAAAAUGGGAUAUUUGAAUCUGACUUUGAUGAGGAUAUAACUGAAUUCAAUGUCAUUGACAGUGAUGUUAGCGACACUGAGAUAAGUGAUGAAAGUGAGAAUGAGAACAACAACAGACAAAAUGGAAACUUUGCUGAUUUAGGUACUGGCAAUUACCUUUAUGAAGUUAUACUGAGCAGCAUAACCAUGUCUGCAGAAAGUAUUAGCUCGUUGGUGGAGGAAGACAUUGAUGUAUUUGCAAAUGGAGUUUUGUCUUUCGAGAAUUUGGAAAGCUUUGUACCUAAAAAUUAUCCGUCUAAGGACCUUCAAACCAUGAUUAUGCUUGCUCUAAUCGAUAGUGAUAAUGAUAUGCUUUCUCGUAGGAUUAUUAGAAAGAUUCUGUUCACUAUGAAUCUUGUGUUUAAACUGCAAAAGGAAGCUAUCAAUACUAAGGUACCCUUUACAUUACCGCGUCUUGAUGCAUUGUUAAACUUUCAAAAGAGAAAAAAGUCUAUAAUGCCUGUUUUUAAGUCAAAGAUUGUAAAAUUCGAUUUAUCUGAUAGUACACAAAUGGAAGUCUGUUUUAAUUUAUCUUCAGAGCACCUGAAACUUCUUGCGGCCAACCCUAAGACCUCAAAGAAGAUUUUCUCACUACCUGAUCAAACACCAGAUCAAGCACAUGGUGAUAUUGUUAAGCUGAAAGCUGAUCAAAAUAAUGUUUGUUUUUUAAUAGAGUUCUUUCAUACAAUGAAAAACUCUUACAUGUUUUGUCAUGGAUAUAAUGUUUGGUCAUCUGAAACUGGGAAGUUUGGUAUUGAAAUCACUUGUAGUGAUAUCCCAAUUGAAAGACUUGAUUGUGUCUUACCUACUCCCAGUAGUUCACUUUGUUACAGUGUUUCACCCACUACUGUCAGUUCUUUGAUUCCUUUGCAUUCUUCACUGCUUGAGAUACCACAUUUUAUGAGGAGGCGUGUCUCUGAAGAACAUUGGAUGAUACAUCUGGAAUUACGGCUGUACAAUCAAACCCAUAUGAAUGUUGGUGGGAUUCGAAAGAAGAAGGGUGUGACUGGAGCUUCUAUGCUACCAACAAUCGUCAAAGACAUUGAAGCCGACAUGCCAUAUCAUUCUAUGUUAUGUGAUAUACUUGGUCCCACAUCGCUAUACCCAUGCAGAAUAUGUUAUGUUGAGCUACGAAGAAAGGUAGAGAAUUUAAAGGAUGAAGAUUACUAUACUAAACGGCACAAGAACAGAACAAAGCAACAUUAUAUUGCUGCUGCAUCCUCUUUGGAUAAGCUCAUUGUAAUCCCAGACAUUCCUUUGAUUGAUGACAAGCACAUGGCUGAAUUUCUCAGGUUUAAGAAUACCAGUACACAGAUCCUACUGGAUUUACAAUCAUUUGAUCCAUCACAAGACACGCCCGUAGAGAUCUUGCAUGUUAUUCUUCUUGGUAUUGCAGAAUACCUGGUAAAUGAUUUGGUAAAUUCAGUGCUGAUAAAGAAAGAUGAAUUAAGACAACUUACAGGAUAUUUGAAGGAUUAUGAGCAAUCGAAAGGCAUAUCUCAAAAGUUCACAAGAUUGCUUAAUGGAUACAAUUUAGCCAUAGAGUCUGGUCUAGAAACAUAUAUUCAUGAAGUUGAUACCGCUGUUAAAGGUCUUAUCAAACAGCUUCUGGUUUAUUAUAAAAACUGCGAGCUCAAUGGAUAUAACCCAUACACAUCGAAACUUAAGGCACAUUUAUUGACACACCUUCUAGACAACAUCAGGAGAUUUGGCACUCCCUUACAUUUUGAAACGGAAAAAAAUAAGCAAUUUAAUAAGCAUAUACGUGAACACCUAUUCCACAUCAACAAGCUUAAUACCUCUAAGAAUAUUGGUCUAAAAUUGUCUCGUGGAAAAGAUGUUAAGACAUAUAUUGAUAAUAAUGCUAGUGCUCACAAGUUUUGGAAUGUUUUGUUUGGCGGUUCCAGAGAGUUUGCAGAUAACAAUGAUGAUAGUAGCAUUGUAAACAGUGAACUUUGUGACGAUACCUUUGUCUUGUUCAUGCCUAUGCAUAGUGGAAGCCAAACCGUUCAUCUAAUUAUUGAAAAGGUUUUUUCUUCCCAAGUGAUUCAUCUUGACAUAGAUCUUCCUACUGACAUUGCUCAAAAGAAUAACUAUCUACUUGCACGAGAAUAUUCUGGUAUGUCUACACUGUUGGAAGAACUAAAGAUGAUUUACAUUCUUGACAUGUACACAAAGGUUGGUGAUGCAUAUGUGAUCAAUUUAAGCAAGUUUGGCUCUUAUUGGUAUUUCUACCCUUACUUCUCAACAAGUACUUAA